CUUAAUUCUACUCUCUCUCUCCCAACUCUAUUUUUCGGUCCCGGGCAGCGCAGCAUGGUCUAUCUCGUCGAUCAAGAGUCACUGAGCUUGCCGUCGGGCAGGGACAUCACGAGCCCUGAGGGAGAGAUUGCAUUGGCUCGCAGCAAGCUCCAGUCGGAUGUCCGCACUCUACUCUUUGCUUUCCGCUGUCCGAGUCGAAAAAGACUGGGGGCCUGGCUCCCUCCAACACAUGGGCCAGCCGAAAACAGGAAAUACAUGUCGGGGUGAAACAUGGUGGAAGCGCCUGACCCCCACCGGUGACUUGCUCAACCUUGUGGAGAGACACCGCGCCCUCCGGUCUGGUCUCGCUCUCGUCCAAUGGUUUCAAAUUGAAUACAUCGUUCGAGAAUUCGAACCCCGCGUCCGGGACCCGGACCAUGCUUCCGCCGCGGAGUCGCUGCUGGUGAGUCUGCCCCGGACUUGCCUUCUCGCGUACAUCAACUGACCGCAUCUCUGUCUUUGGCUAAUGAUGCUUCCAGUCCAGAUCCUUCGCUUUCGGCCUCGGAGGCUGUCCGGAUGCAGCGAGCUUCGAAUUCACGACGAUGAAGAGGUUUAUAAAUGGGCUACAUAAUCACUUACGACGCACUUUGCACACCCCCAAUUGCACACGACUCGUCGUUAGACUUGGACCUUCUCCUUUCCCUUCCUCUCCCCUCAUCGCAGCAACUCAGUAUCCACCAAUCAACUGCCGCCAUGGGACGCUGGUCACAAUACGAUGAGGACUCAUAUCGGCUGCCGUGCGGCAUGGUCAGGACGGGGUACGACGCGGACACUGGGCGAUACAUUUUCCAGGACAGGAGCGGGACGUUCUACGGGCUGCCAGGGUCUGAGUACGGGCCCGUCGACGCAGGAUACCACGGGCGCUCGUCGUCGUUGCCAGGGCGCGCACUGUUCGCGCACGAAGCCCGUGGAAAUGCACAAAUGCCGCCCAAUCCUCAGCCACGCAAAUCAGAAGCUCGCGUGGCCCUUCCCCGACUGAGCAUACCCAACGCGCUCCGCACUCUCCGCAGAUCGAUUACACGUCGAUGCCGGCGUCGGCCUCUACCGCUCGAUGCGUCCUCGUCAUCGUCCGACUCCGAUGCGGAGUCGGAGAGCAGCGCUGCGCUAUCGCCCGUUUCUGCCCCUCCAUGCAGACUCGCGUUUCGGCCCGCGCGGACCGGGCCUGCGCGUGCCUGCGUCUCAGCUUCAUCUCCGAACGGACGUCCGACCACGAUGUCCAGCAAACAAGCUCCCGAGCCGAGCUCGUCGUGGACGUCCCAAUCUCCCUGGGGCUGGGAUCACACGACCUGCGCCAGCGCCUCGAUCUAUCUGGGCUCGCACUCGGCUCACUCGGCUGACCAGUCCCUCGCGAUAUUCACGCAGCGAGACGACUGGGCCCGCCCGCGCGCCAGCUCUCGCAUCCACGCGCCGCGCCCGAUACACUGGGAGGCGCUGCCGGUGUCGCACCACAACAGGCUGUCGGCCUCGGUCAGCAGCAGUCUUAGCGGUAGCGGCAGCGGGGCCCCCGCGCAGGCAGAAGCGUCGUCGGCGCGCGGUCGCCGGGCUAUGUCCGAGGACGGCGGGCACGCCUCGUUUCCCGUCGCGCGAUCGCAUCCGGCAGGCGACAAGAUGUAUUACAGCUCCGCCCGGCCGUGCGCCCGCCGCGCCUCGCUACCGCAGUCCUCCACCACCGUCCUCAUGUGAAUGAAAUUUGUACUUGUAUUCGUGUUUUUGUGGAAAUAGUUUGAAGCAGGAAAUUUGGGUUUCGUUGUUGUAUCUUGAUUUGAGCUGCUUGCUGUGCUGGAACAACCAACCAUACUUGCUGACACGUGAUUACGGUUGAAACCCUUUUGGGCGUAU